AACUUCCUGUCACGUGUCCACUACAGUAACGUCAUAUGACUUCUCUCGAUAAACAUGAAAACUGUGUGCUGCUGGCAAGGACUUGUAACUCUUAUUUUUAUCAUUAAUAUAUGUUUUAACGCAAGUACUCGACUCACAGAGCACCAGGUAUGUUCGCUGUGUGGCGGGUCAGUGCUAAACGAAACCGUUGUGGGUCGGUUCUGUUCUUCAUCCGCUGGAUGGAUAGACGGGAGAUGCUGCUUGAGGAAUGUCAAGACAGGCGACCCUAAAAACAUCAUCGGGUUGGAUUUAUCCAAUUGUUCGCUAACUCACGUGGACAAUCUUCAAGAAGCAUCCUCAGUGUUUAUGAUAGAUCUCUCACGCAAUCCACUUAUCAACAUCAGUGAUGAAGUGUUUCAAGGAUUUCUUGACUUAAAUUACAUGAUUUUGCCAGAGGACAUAGUUUGUCCAGGAGGAAACACUUCUUGGCAGAAAGUGAAAGUCAGUCAGGGAGAUCGUGUUUGUCGAGGCCAGAAAAACAUGUGCAACCAGACAGGAUGGCUGUCCACAAACUGCCCAGAGAACUCGCUUUGUGCCCCGUACGGUCCGGGAUUUUACGAGUGUAGCUGUGCUGAAAACUUCCGUGGAUAUAAGUGUCUUCGACAGGGGGAGUUUCCGGCCCUCCGGGUGUUCGGACCACUUGCAGCAUCUACAGUUGUGAUGUCCCUCCUGCUGUGGGCUACACAGAGACGUAAAGCCAAGUCAAUAUGAAGCUGAGCUGACAGAAAACUGACCCCUAAGCUUAUUGAAACCUCAUACAUUUUUAAAAUACUUUUAAAUGUUACAACUUGAAUAAUUUGAGGGAAAAUUUAAAACACUUUUUUUUUCAUUUCAGGGAGUAAAAAAUGUCUCAAUUUUUAAAACGUUUUUAUGUUUGUUACAACUGACCCAGUUUUGCUUUUUAAAAAAAGAAAACAAUCUUUUAUAAAGCGCCUCUCCAGAUAAAAAUCACAAGGUGUUUCUCAAAAACAAAAAUUUAAGUAUAAAAGAUAAAAAAAAUGAUUAAAAAUUGUUUAAAAUGAGAAAAAAAUGUUCAAAUUGUGAUUAAAAUAUAUAAGAAAAGAGGGAGAGAAAUCAGUGGAUUUUAUUUAUCAGUAGAUUGAUAAAAGUGAAGACUUGAGAAUAAAUGUCCCAAAGAACUACUGAAUGUGUUCAGGUUUACAGUUUACAUAUGUUGAACAAGUGUUUUACUUGAAAAAAAAAAUGUAAAAAUAUUUUGUGAAGCAAACCACAAAAACUUUGUUUAGAUGUGCUUUAACUGUGAUUUUAAUCACUUUAAUGUAAGAGAACAAUUUUAAUAGAAAAUCUAAAGCAUGCGGUUGAUAUUUUUAUAGAGCAGUAUUGCAAAAAUGUUACUAUUCAACACGUGUUGCAGUGUUUGCUGCUAAACUUCACCUCAGAAUCUGGAAACGUGGCUCUAAGUGUUAUUUGGUUGCUUUGUUCUAAUAAGAUUUGGACUUAAAUUAAAAAUGUCAAAAGUUUAAA